ACUGUUGACAUUUGAAGCAUCAUAAAUUCAGCUGCGGUUUGUUUAACAAUUUUACAUUCAAACAAACUAUCUGAAAGUAGGCCAAAAAACACCGACAACUAUGAAACCAGUCGAGGUGAAACGUGAUGAUGGCGUUGAGCUUGAAACCCAAGUAAUCCUCAGAUUACCCGAGGAACCAGCCAAAGUGCUUAGAGAGGCGGUACGCGAAGGAGCGAACAAUUUGAAGGAUCGGCUGUCGGUGAAACUCGAGAACGAUCUUCGUUACGGCGAAGUUCGAUUGGACCAUUGGCACCUGCACGCCAAAGUGGUCGAUCUACCGUCGAUUAUCGAAUCGCUGAAGACCAUUGACAACAAAAGCUUCUACAAGACAGCCGACAUCUGUCAAAUGAUCAUAUGCAAAGAGGAGCCCGAUCUCCCCACCGUCGAAGAGGAGUCGCCGAACAAAAACAAAAAGAAAGAUCCGAACAAGGUCGACAAGAAGUUUCUGUGGCCGCACGGCAUAACACCGCCGUGCAAGAACCUGCGAAAGCGACGGUUCCGCAAAACGUUAAAGAAGAAAUUUGUGGAGGCGCCGGAAAUCGAGAAGGAAGUUAAACGACUGCUCCGGGCCGACAACGAGGCCGUCAAUUGCAAAUGGGACGUGAUCACCGAGGAGGACGACCAUGACAAAUCCAUUCAACAGUUUAUGGGCGACAUGGACGCCCAGGAUCCAAUGAUGUCCAUGGGUGCGACGGAAAAGGUCAAAAAGUCCAAAGGCAACAAAGAUCGAUCGGGCGAUCGUGGCAAUGAUUCCAGCCAGAUGCCUCGGGACAUCGACAUAUUCGGCGAAGAUUUAUCGUCGUCCGAUGAGGACGACCAUCACAACAAUAUCAACGUCGAUUUGGACGACAGUCGACUGUCAGCCGAUGACAGCCGGAUGAGCGACUAUUCGAUGCAGGGCGGUAGCAGUCAAAUGAAAAUGGAAACCGAAUUCACGGACGCAAUGUUCAGCAGUCCGUUGUCUAGGGGCGGUGACGGUGAAGCAUCGUCUAGUCGUCAUCGCAGCCAAUUUUAUGAUAACGAGCGACCCGAAUCGGACGAUAAUGACAACGAUAUGGUGCCACAGUUGUCGCAGGAGAGCAUAAACGAACGCAUCAGCGAUCUGAGACGACAAUUGAACGAUCUCCGCAAUCAACGCAUAACGAAGGAACAGGAAAUUCUAUCGAUUGAGAAUCAGGCGUUGCGGCAACGGCUACAGGAUUCGUUGGACAACAUUUUGAGUCAGAUUCUGGACCGUGAAAUGGAAAUGCAGGAGUACCAGUCAAUGUUGCAAUAGGUUUUUCUUUCUUUGGAAAUCGACGGCGUCUGCGCCGCCUUUUUAUUCAAUAAAAAUCCAUAAAAAACACAAAAUUAAACUCUGAACAAGUGGAACGAAACUAAGUAAAAA